CAAAUGAACCAACAACACCGACAUGACGCAUGGUGGUGAUAUAUGUAUAAAAAACAAAUACUUCAUACCGUAAAUGGUAAAAGUAAAUAACGAAACAAAAGGAGGUAUCGGAAAACAACUUCGUCUUUCCCAUACAGGCUUUUUCCAUACGAGUGGUUUUGCUCUUCAGCUGUGAAUACGGAUAGUAGGGGCAACAUUUCGCAAUCUAUUUUGCAUACAGUUGAGUGCGCGCACUAGACUGGAACCUUUUUCCUUGUUUAACGUAGUAACAUGAAUAUUAGAUCAUUUAUUUAAGCUUUUUAUUGUAACUUUAUACGGCGUACAUUUCUAAGGUGUUUUGUGAAACCUUUAUUCGCGCGCGACGUCUGCGCUACAUUCGAGUGAAACCAACGGGGAAUAACAUAAAACACGGAAUACAAUGACUAUGUCAGUCCCGGAGAGGAAUUCAGGGUCCGAGGGGAAGGAGGAGGAGAGUGAAGAUGAGAGCGAAAUCCUCGAAGAAAGCCCAUGCGGUCGCUGGCAAAAGCGAAAGGAGCAGAUCAGUCAAGGUAAUGUCCCCGGUGUUGAGAGUGCGUCGCUGGCCAUGGACACAGAGGAGGGAGUCGAGGUGGUGUGGAAUGAGGUGCUUUUCAAUGACAGGAAGGUCUUCAAGGCACAGGAGGAGAAGAUUAAAGAGAUGUUUGAGAACCUGAUGCAGGUUGAGCACCCAAACAUAGUCAAAUUCCAUAAGUACUGGCUGGACAUGAAAGAGAGCCGAGCUCGGGUCAUCUUUAUCACAGAGUACAUGUCCUCAGGCAGCCUCAAGCAGUUUCUCAAGAAAACCAAGAAAAACCAUAAGACCAUGAACGUCAAGGCUUGGAAGCGAUGGUGUACCCAAAUUCUCUCUGCCCUCAGUUACCUGCACUCCUGUGAACCGCCCAUUAUCCAUGGCAACCUGACCUGUGACACCAUCUUUAUCCAACACAAUGGCCUCAUCAAGAUUGGCUCAGUAUGGCACCGGCUGUUUGUGAAUGUGUUUCCGGAGGCCAGUGUUCAUGGUAAAGUCCGCCCAAACCGAGACGAACAGAGGAACCUGCACUUCUUCUCUCCUGAAUAUGGCUUGGCUGAGGAUGACUAUGCUAUUGACAUCUUCUCCUUCGGGAUCUGUGCUCUGGAGAUGGCUGUCCUGGAAAUACAGGCUAAUGGAGAUGCUGUUGUGUCCAAGGAGGCCAUCACCAACGCAGGCCAGUCUCUGGAGGAUGCCCUCAUGAGAGAGUUUACUCAGUCGUGUGUGCGUCACGAGGCCAAGCAGCGUCCCACAGCCCACGACCUGCUCUUCCACCGCGUGCUGUUUGAGGUUCACUCCCUCAAGCUACUGGCUGCCCACUGCCUCAUCAGCAACCAGUACCUGCUGCCAGAGAACUGUGUGGAGGAGAAGACCAAGUCCUUUGACCCCAACGGUCUCAUGGCAGAAAUCAAACAUGGCAACCGGCCUGGCGUUCAGCUCAAGUAUUCCCAUGUGUCUCCUUUGGAGCUGGACAAGUUCCUGGAGGACGUCAAGAAUGGGAUAUACCCCCUCAUGAACUUUGCGUCGUCGCGGCCCCACCCCGUCCCCCGUGCCCUAUCCCUGUCCCACGAACAGGUGGAGACGGCGAAGUCCCCCACCCCUGAGCCCCAAGAGACAGAGAGCAGAAAGGUGAUUCAGAUGCACUGUAACUUGGAGUCAAAUGAAGAAGGGACCAAAACUCAUCUCUCUCUGUUUCUUAAGAUGGACGACAAGCUCCAUCGACAACUUAGCUGUGACAUCCUUCCGACUGACAGCUCCAAAGACCUUGCCAAUGAACUUGUUCAUUACGCCUUCAUAAGUGAGGAGGACUGUGGGAAGCUGGCAGGGUUCCUUGAGGACGCGCUCACCAGACACAAGGGCAAAGCGCUGGCCUCUGGGAUCACACAGUGAGAAGGGGCCUCUCCGGAAGCUGGCCCACAGAGAGGGGGCCUCGAGCAUUGACCACUCAAACAGAGCAAGACAGGGGCUAGAAGGCAGGAUGACUCAGCCAGGAUCAGAGGGACUGGCUCCAGUGAGGGUUUGAAGGAUUGAGCCUGAUGAGUGGUGAUUGGGACUGGGCCUGAUGAUUGGUGGAUCAUCCCAAUAGAGGGCUAGGAUAGGCCAGGACUGAGAGGGACUGAAAGCAUCUCCGGUUGGAUGACUCAGAGGCAUCAUGGCUUGUUAAAUCCAUUUGAAUUCAAUCACUUUUUGACAACACCCCUUUUGAUUUGAACAAAAUCUGCCAUACAUAUUUGCCCAUUGUAGAAGUGCUCCGAAAGUGACAUUCAAGUGAUAAAAGUGCUCAAAGUUGACUGAUUUUGCAAACUCCACCAUACCAUGAGACAUCCAUGUCUUCAUCACUGGAAAAUAUAAUCAGUUGAGAUUUAUAUAAUUUAAAUGCAUACAAACAGGGUUGUCAAAUAUUUUAUAAUUUCUGGCAAAAAUAUAAAAACAUUAUACAAAUGUUUUAUUUUUUACCUUAUACGUCAAUGAUCUUUUCACAUAUGUUGUAACUUAGACCCUAUUUUACAUCAUCUAAGGUUUUGUGUUAUGCCCGCCAUUGGUUGAGACACAACAUGCUCUUGAAUAAAUCAAAAUCAUAUACACAUAUUUAGCAGAUGUUAUUGCGGGUUUAGUGAAAUGCUUGUGUUCAGUAGUCCAACAGUGCAGUAGUAUCUAACAAUUCACAACAAUGCACACAAAUCUAAAAGUAAAAUAAUGGAAUUAAGUAAUAUAAAUAUUAGGAUAAGCAAUGUCAGAGGGACAUUAACUAAAAUGCAGUAGAAUGGAAUAUAUACAUAUGUAAACAUGAUUAAAGUGACUAGUGUGCCAUUAUUAAAGUGACCAGUGAUUCCAUGUCUAUGUACAUAGGGCAGCAGCCUCUAAUGUACAGGGUGAGUGUCAUGUUUUGGCAGAAAAAUGUACUAAAAUGGGAAUAAAAUGAAAAUGUCAACUUUCAAAUGGUACCACAAAGAUCAUCAGAGAAUGUUAACUUGAAUGGGAAUAUUUGUUGUUUUAAAUCUUUCUGAAAAUCUGUUCUUUCUGACCACUUCUUCCAUGGGCAAACUUGUAUGGAAAGUUUUGUUUAAAUCAAGAGAUGCUGUCAAAAAGUGAUUGAAUUCAAAUGGUUUUACCCGGCUGGGUUCAGCUAUCCCACAAUGCAGUGGAAGAAGUCCCCUGCCUAAAAGGGCUGUAAUGCAUUAAGAUGUAAUCAUCCAUAAUGCCACUACUAUACUGUACUGCCAGUAGAGAUGUUUCCAAUGAUGAAUGGAUGUAGUGCAUUCAAGACAAACCAAUAAAACAGCUAUGUUUUUAUGUUAUUUUACAGUCUUCUAAUUAAUAGUUGAUAACUCCAGAAAUGUACAUUUGGAAGUUGAUUUUGGAAAAUAAUCUAUAAAACGUUUUUUUUUUUUAAAUAAAUAGUUUUAUAAGCCCAAGCAAUACCUACCAUAGAAAUGUCUAGCUCUUAGAGAGCAAACUUGAUGACAAAGAUGAGAACCGUCCAACAUGCAUGGUUAACAUGCUAACACUUAAGUUAACUUCAUUCUUUUUGCUUAGUUCUAUGAACAAUAUUAGCGUUGCACAGACCUUUUUCUGUUGACGUUUUAAUGGUGUAUAAUGGUCUUCAAAACACACUCGCAGCGCAUUCUAACAGUGCUUUGCUAGCCUGAAUGAAUCUCCGUGCAUUAGUAGUAACGAGCAAUGAGAUGAUGCCUCUCUUUUAGCCUGUAGUGCUCUUAAGGGUUUUCCCUGUGAAAGUGUUCUGUAAGCCAAAGACUUGCAAAGUGCCUGUGAUGGCAACCCACUAUGUACAAAACCCAUAAUACAAAACACACAGCAACAUAACGCAACUUCAGAAAUGACAAAAACUCCUGACAGUCAACGAUUCAGUCUAUUGGGUUGGUGUCAACAGAAUGCUAUACUUUUCAUUUAUUCUGAAAACCAGCUUGUGAAUGUGUUGAGGGGCCACAGCUUGUACCCUAGGAAUGUCUAAAUCCAUUCUAGAAAAUGGAUCAGCUAAACACAUAGAAUAUAGUCCACGCCGAUUGAGCCAUUUGAGAACGCGAUUUUGAAUGGAGGGUUUUGUUGAAUAGUGAAGGGUUUCAAAUAAAUAAAGCCCAGAAUAUAUUUUUUUGAAAGCAAUUAAUUACUGUUCCACUGAACGAUAUAACUACUACAGUACACAACACACAAAAAAGCAUUAUAUACUUCUGGAGGUUGAAGCUGAAUUCUGCGUAAGUGUCCACAGAUGUCCGAUGCAUUCUAAAGCAAGCAAAAGUCAAUAAUAGAUCUAUCGCAGUGGGAUUUAGUAAUUUAUUGAUUGCUUUAAAGUAAAAAAUAUAUAUAUUAUAAACAACUUUUCUUAAUCUUGAACAGUAUACACUGAGUGUACAAAACAAUAGGAGCACCUUCCUAAUAUUGAGUUGCCCCAGGGAUGCUGGCCCAUGUUGACUCCAAAGCUUCCCAGAGUUGUGUCAAGUUGGCUGGAUCUCCCUGGGGUGGUGGACCAUUCUUGAUACACAUGGGAAGCUGUUGAGUGUAAAAAACGCAGCAGUGUUGCAGUUCUUAACACACUUAAACCAGUGCACCUGGCACAUACUACCAUACCCCCGUUCAAAGGCACUUAAAUCUUUUCUCUUGCCCAUUCACCCUCUGAAUGGCAGGCCCACAUACACAAUCCAUGUCUCAGUUGUCUCAAGGUUUAAAAAUCCUUCUUUAACCUGUCCCCUCCCCUUUAUCUACACUGAUUGAAGUGGAUUUAACAGGUGACAUCAAUAAAGGAUCAUAACUUCCAUCUGGAUUCACCUGGUCAGUCUCUCAUGGUGUUCCUAUUGUUUUGUACACUCAGUGUAUAUUAUUCAGUAUCUGCAUCUGUUAACAAUAUGACGUUUUAGUUCUUAUGCUAUCUGUAAAUCUCUGGUCCUAUUACAAUUACACUCCUGUAUAGAUGUUGCAUAAUAUGCUCAUUGCUCUUAAAAUGUCAAGCCUUUUAUCAGCUAAUCUCUUGGGGAAAGCGCUUCUCCCAGUCAUUUAUCUGUAGGAUAUGGUGUACAUAAAUAUGGUGUCUGUUCAAAGGUGUUUCCCUUGAACAGAAGUAUGAAUGCUCGGAGUGGUGCUACUGUUGUCUAGUAGUCUGCAAUGCAUGUCUUAAUAAUAGCUCCAAACUGUUCAGACACUUCUUUUCCAAGAUUGCCUUAGUCAUUGACGGAGCUCCAUUGACUGACUCCGGGGGGGGGGGGGCUGAUCAAGAAAAAUGAAUAUUCAGACUAAGCAAAGCCCAUUCAUCCAUUAGUCUUUUUCUGUAGCGAUCACUUCUUUCUCCCGAGUCUGGGUUCUGUUGUUUGUCGGCUCUGUAUUGUACUGGACGUGUUCUACUCAUCCUUCUGUAAAAUAUUGUUCUGCAAUGAAUGACAAUAAAACAAUGUGAUGUCACAUCAUGGUGA